CCUAUAAAAAUUAAUUUAAUAUCGUGUGGGCCAUUGGCCCACAUAUCAGAUAUUAAACUGAUAAGAACAGAUACUACACUUGAUCUUAGCCAAAAGGCCGAGAAAGGUAUGAAUUCUUCAGUCUACAGAACUCGUCAUUUAUUGGAAGGCCUUUGCUCUUACAUGCUGGUUUGA